CAUGGAAUUGUCAAAAAUAUCAGACAUGACCAAGCUCCACCAGGCUGUGGCUGCAGGGGACUGCAAUUCAGUGAAGAAAAUUUUGAAGAAAGGUCUCUGUGACCCAAACUACAAGGAUGAAGACUGGAAUGACAGGACCCCGCUUCAUUGGGCUGCGAUCAGAGGGCAAAUGGAGGUGAUCCAUCUCCUGAUACAAUAUGGAGCCAGACCCUGCUUGGUAACUGAUGUAGGCUGGACAGCAGCUCACUUUGCAGCUGAGUCAGGCCACCUGAAUGUACUCAAAGCUCUGCACGCACUUCACUCUGCCAUUGACGCUGCUGACUUUUUUGGAGACACACCCAAGAGGAUUGCACAGAUCUACGGUCAGAAAGACUGCGUGGACUUCCUGGAGAUGGCAGAACUGGAAUGCAAGGACCGUCGCCAGAGAGAGCUGUUGCUUGAUGAGCGGGAUCCAGAUUGGGACCUCAAGAAAAGAGAGCUAGAGCUGUCCCUUCCAGCUCCGGAUCAAACCGCCAACAAAAAGAAGAAGAAAAUCCGAGGCUCCACCAGGCUUAUCCAUUCCAACCCCUGGAGGAUAUGAGAAGGGGGAACCCCAGGGCUCAGACUGGAGCCAGACGGAAUACUCAGACAUCUUCCCAGGAUUUGAUUCAGCCACUCUUCCCUAGGCUUCUACAGAAAGUCCAGCCAAUCAUUCAGAAGGAAAGUCUUGCCAGAGUGUUCUCUAUAGGAGCCGAUGUCUCUUUGAUAAAACCCGAUACCCAGAAGCGUGACCAGGAGGGAACACGUAGCCAGCUUGCAUUUUGUUUCCGUGGCUUGCAGUGUCAGCAUGCCCCGCCCCUCGCCCCACUAACACACAUAGUUACAGAAUGUUCAAGAUCAAAGUCAGUGCUCUCCUAAUUAAGUUGAUUAGACUGGGGCAAAAAUGAAAUAAGAAGCUAAACAAAAACAAAAAUCUAAAAACUUCCCAACAUGACUGAUUUAAUCUAUAAAUAAACCUUUUUUUUGUUUGUU